UUAGGCGACACUGGCUACCCGUCAAAACCAAGGCUCCUCACACCGUUUCUCCAGGCAGGAAAUCGUGCAGAGGCAUCUAUGAUGGUGUUACAUCUUGGCUUGCUUUCGACGGAUGAAGUUGAAGCCCCUCCAUCAUCGUCGCUGGUGUCCAUGUUUCCCCUAGCCCGUGAUGGUACCGAAGUCGUCAUCCCGUGGAAACGUCGUUUUCACUGCCUUCAUGGUGAAAUAAGGCUGUCCCCAGAAAGAACGUGCAGAGUGAUUGCUGCAUGUGCUGUGCUGCACAACAUUGCAAAGAAACGAGGCCUUCCAGACAUUGAAGAGGAUCACAUGAACAACCCUCCACAUCCACAGCCAGAACAACCAGUGCACCACGAUGAUGGCAACCUAGUCAGGAACCACGUAGUCCACACCUAUUUCCAGUGA